UUAGUAAAUUGAAAAAAAAAUUAACUCUUUUUUUUUUUUGGAGUGAAUUAAUUUAGAGAUGGUGAGAACACCUUGCCACGACGAAAAUGGUCGUAAAAAGGGUACUUGGACACCUGAAGAAGAUAGAAAAUUAGCAGCUUAUAUUACUAAAUAUGGAUCAUGGAAUUGGAGACAACUUCCAAAGUAUGCUGGUCUAAUGAGAUGUGGGAAAAGUUGUAGAUUGAGAUGGAUGAAUUACUUAAGGCCCGAUUUGAAGAAAGGAAAUUAUAGUCAUGAAGAAGAAGAACUGAUUAUUAAAUUACACAACGAACUCGGAAAUAGAUGGUCAGCGAUAACUGCAAAAUUACCAGGAAGAUCAGACAACGAUGUAAAAAAUCAUUGGCAUGCUCAUCUUAAGAAACGUCCGAGAUUAACUAAUACCUAUUCAUCAACAUCAGAGCAAUUUACUGAAUCUUCGCAAUUUGAUUCUCAAAAUCAUGAUCAACAAUCUUAUGAAGAUGGCUAUAAUUUAUCGAAUACGAUAAAUGGAAUGGAUUGGAUCGAAGAAAAUAAUAAUCACAUUAAGACAAUGGAAAAACUUUCAAGUUAUAGCUAUUACAAGUUUGUAAAGGGAUACCGUCCCCGACAUCAGUCGGGGAUGGUCAUAACGAUGUUUGGAUCUCGUGAAAAUUGGGAAGAGACAGAUUCAAGAAAACAUCCAAAAAGAGUACAACAAAUGAUUACUGUGGAAAUUCGUAGGGUAUAUUCAACAGAUAGUAUAAAUAUUGACGAUUAA